AUGAACACGUUAUUAAUCGAAUCUUUAUUGUAUAUUACGGACAUAAAGAAUAAUAAGAAGAACAACGUAUAUAUAAAUAAUCAGGAACCUGAUAAGAAGAACAUUGAAGGUAUAAAUAAUCAGGAACCUAAUAAGAAGAACAUUGAAGAUAAGGGACCCAAUAAGAAUAAUAAUGAGAAUAUAAAUAAUAAGGGUCUCAAUAAGAAUAAUAAUGAGAAUAUAAAUAAUGAAGGACCUAUUAAAAAUAAUAGUGAGAAUAUAAAUAAUAAAGGACCUAUUAGGAAGAAUAUUGGGAAUAUAAAUAAUGAAGGACCUAUUAGGAAGAAUAUUGGGAAUAUAAAUAAUGAAGGACCUAUUAGGAAGAAUAUUGAGAAUAUAAAUAAUGAGGGACCUAUUGGGAAGAAUAUUGAGAAUAGGGAACUGGACGUUGAAGAAGGUAACAAAAAACGAAAAUUUAGUAGUAUCGAUAACUCGGAGCUCAGAUCCGAAAUAAAUAGACUUCAUAAAAAAAUAAUUGAGAGUAAGGAUGCAGAAAAACUUGAAAUCGUGGAGAGAAAAGAAAAGGAAAAACAGGAAAUAAUGGAGAACAUGAAUACUAAAAUACAAGAAUACAGACAGAAAUUAGAAAAUCACGGACGCCUUGAAAAUUUACGCAAUAUAAGAGGCUUCAUCGAAUCUAUUCGUUCCAAGCCUGUUAGCUUUUCCGAACCUCUGGAUAAAGCUUUAAACACCUUAUCCCAAAAUAAGGAUUUCGUCGACUUUUUAAAACGCAGUUGCGAUGAUAAUGAUAUUAGACUUGGUGACGUGCAAUCUUGUAUAGGAGCUUUAUACCAUACUGUAUCGAAACAUUUUCACGGACAUGAUAAAGAAGUCGUAAUUGACGAGAGUUCAUGGGUGCCGAACGAAAUAUUUUCUUUGGGUAUCAUUUUCACGUAUUUUGGGGUGCCAUGGUCAUAUCGUGGAGCCAACGGUACUGCAGAAAAAUUUCCCUACAGGAUUUAG